UUAUAAUGCCAAAUCUGAGCUGCUUCCCAAAUCUGACGCUCCGCUCUGUUUCUGUCUUCGAACAACAGGCUGUGACGCCAAACAAACGCCAAGAUGUCAGAGAAAAAGAUGUCGUCGAGUCGCAAGCAUCAUCUGAAGAGUUUGAUGCUGUCCAUCGCCAAAGGUUUACUGGAGGAGGAGGAGAAGGAGCGAGAGGUGGAGAGGGCGAGGUACAUGGCUGAGAACUGUCCUCCUGUGAGGAUGCCCAGGACCAUGCAGGAGCUGCAGGAGCUGUGCAGAGAGAUUCACCACAAGAUCGACAAGAUCGACGAGGAACGAUACGACUUGGAUAUGAAAGUCACUAAAACCAACAAGGAGAUUGACGACUUGAAGAUCAAAGUUCAGGACCUGAUGGGCAAAUUCAAGAAGCCUGUCCUGAGGAAAGUUCGUAUGUCUGCUGACGCCAUGCUGAAGGCUCUGCUGGGCUCCAAACACACAGUCAACCUGGACCUGAGGGCCAACCUGAAGCAGGUCAAGAAGGAGGUCAAAGAGGAGGAGAAGGAGCUGCGAGACGUCGGCGACUGGCGUAAAAACAUUGAAGACAAAGCCGGCAUGGACGGGAGGAAGAAGAUGUUUGAGGCUGAGGCAUAAAUCAAUCUGCUGUCAACAAAGCUGCAGUACUUUUAGUCCCUGCUUUUCACCGAUUGGUUUAAUCCGAUCAGAUUAAUUUAGAUAACACAAAUUAAUUUUCUGAACCACUUUUUGAGCUGCAGAAACUGCGACUGAAUAAAUGGAGUGAAAGAGACGUUUUGUGAUGCUUACUUGGGUAUUUGUUGCUGAAAAAGUAAUUCAAUUACUUUAAGGCAUUACAAAGUAAUGUAUUACUGCUUACUGAGAAGACUGCUUACCAUCCACUGAGUUCAUAUUUUUAUUAUUAUUACCUUUGUUAUGAAUUUUAUGAAGGCCUGAAUGACAGCAGGGGCUAACAGGAAGCAGCUGAGCACAUUGGCAGCAGCUAAUGCUAACAGAUAAUUAAGUGUACUUGGAAUUUGCCUGUUAAAUUUGAAGUAUUACAUCAAUAUUUGAAAUUUAUUGAAAAUGGGUCAAUGACUUCCAGCAGUGUUUUUGGGCUGUGAAACUACCGUUAGCUAGAAGCUAAAAUGGAGGCCCAGAGCUCAGCUGACAGAUGUAUCAUUUGGGGACUGUCAGGUAACACUGGAGGUUCAUUAGCAUAAUAACACAAAACUGUUCAAUGUCAUGAUGAUUACUUUUGAGAAAAUAAACAAAACUAAAUUGUG